CACCAAAACCUUUCAUGUUUUUAACCAUCACUUCACCUUAUUCACACAAACAUUCAAAUGGCUUCUACUACUACAUCUAUACUUAAUUCAGUUUUCCUAUUCAUGAUCAUUUUUCUAGGGAGCACUUUGGCCGAUUUCAACAAUGAGUUUGAUAUCACUUGGGGGGACGGUCGCGGUAAGGUUAUUAACAGGGAUCUCUUGACGCUCUCCCUCGAUAAAGCAUCUGGCUCCGGCUUCGAAUCAAGAAACGAGUACUUGUUUGGCAAGAUUGAUAUGCAACUCAAGCUUGUUCCCGGCAAUUCAGCUGGCACAGUCACUGCAUAUUAUUUGUCUUCUAAAGGGUCUAACUGGGAUGAAAUCGACUUUGAGUUCUUGGGAAACUUGAGUGGUGAUCCUUACAUUCUACAUACAAAUGUGUUUAGCCAAGGUAAAGGCAACCGGGAGCAGCAGUUCUACCUGUGGUUCGACCCGACUGCUGAUUUCCAUACAUAUUCCAUCCUUUGGAACCCUCAACGUAUCAUAUUUUCGGUUGAUGGAACACCCAUUAGAGAGUUCAAGAAUGCCGAAUCGAUUGGGGUGCCGUUUCCUAAAGACCGGCCGAUGAGGAUACACUCUAGCUUAUGGAAUGCUGAUGAUUGGGCCACCAGGGGUGGGCUUGUGAAGACUGACUGGAGUCAAGCUCCUUUCACUGCUUCCUACAGAAACUUCAAGGCGGAUGCUUGUGUUGUGGCUUCUGGGAAGUCGUCUUGCAGCGGCUCAGCCGCGUCUUCAAGCGGCAAUCAGGCGUGGUUGUCGGAGGAGUUGGAUAUUACAAAGCAAGAAAGGCUAAGAUGGGUGCAAAAGAAUUAUAUGAUCUACAACUACUGCUCAGAUUCUAAGAGGUUUUCACAAGGUUUUCCCCCUGAGUGUCAAAUGGCAUAAAAAGUAGUCAAUUCGAGUGUUUGAGCCCAAAUAUAUUCUUUUAUGUAUGUAGUUUUCCUUAAGAUUUAAAGUUGAUUAUUUUUUUUUUUCAUAUUUAUUGUAGCUAUCAUCAUCAAUAAAAUUUAAAAGUUUUGGCACUA